AUGAUUGUUCAUCCUAUUCCUGCAUUGUCUGAUAAUUACAUGUAUUUACUGAUUGACUCUAAAUCAAAUGUAUGUGCUGCUGUCGAUCCUGUAGAACCUCAGAAAAUUUUAAAUGUGGUCAAUAAAUCCAACUUGAAACUGAUUGCAGUUCUAACCACACAUCAUCAUUGGGAUCACGCAGGUGGAAAUAAUCACUUGGCUGCUCAAUUACCAGGGUUGAAAAUAUAUGGAGGAGAUGAAAGGAUUGAUUCAUUAAAUGCGAAAGUGCAUCACAAUCAGAUAAUAAAUGUUGGCUCAUUAAUUGUAAAAUGUCUCUUCACACCUUGCCAUACAAAAGGACACAUGUGUUUUUAUGUGCAGGACAACAAUUCUAAUGAACCAGCAGCUGUUUUUACUGGGGACACCUUAUUUGUGAGUGGGUGUGGUCGAUUUUUUGAAGGAACAGCGGAACAGAUGUACGAAGCUUUGACACAGACAUUAGGAACUUUGCCCGAGGACACUCUUGUUUAUUGUGGCCAUGAAUACACUUAUAACAACCUACUUUUUGCAUCUUACAUCGAACCGGAUAAUCAACAUUUGUUAAAAAAAUUGGAAUGGGCCAAAGGUAAACAACGUAAAAAUGAAUUUACAGUUCCCUCUUCAAUUAAAGAAGAAUUGUUAACCAACUGCUUCAUGAGAGUCCACCAUCAAUCAAUUCUCAAUUUUUUUGGAACUCAGAACCCUAUACAUGCCAUGAAAAUGUUGAGAGCCAAAAAAGAUAAUUUCACUCCACCUAGUUGA